AACAUGAAGACCCCUGUCCAGUCAAACCUCAAUGUUUCCAAGCCAACAGCCCAGUCUGUGGCAGCGACGGACAUACAUACAAAAACUCCUGCGCCAUGUACAAGCAGUCGUGUGGGUUCGUCAAGGUCAUCUCUAAGGGCCCAUGUAAAGAUUCCCCUCAAUUGUAG